AUGAGACAUCGAAAGUACGAGAAUCGUCGAGGAGGGGGUCGACUAGGCCGACAUAGGAAAGUGACUAAGUUCGCUGAACAGAGGACUCCCUUGGCGAAGGACUUUGAAGGCCGCAAUGAGGCACCGAAGAAUGAUGACGAAGAUCUACUAGUUCCUGGAGGGGAGGCUACCGGAGCUCAAGGGGAAGUCGAUGGUCCUACAACGGAGGUAGUAGUGGGAGUAGCCAAGCCUGGUGCGGCGAAGAAGCUGACCAAUCGUGAGAGGCAUGCCUUGAUGAAACACAAGGCUGAUCUCCGACGACAGAAGAUGGGAAAAGGACCCGUCGUAGAGAAGACUGCUACCAAGAAGAGGAAGAAUCAGACGAUUGACGAGGAGGAGGAGGGGAAGGGGAAAAAGAAGCGUUCUGAGUUUGGCCCAGACUACGACGAAGAUGGUGUUCCUAAUCUUAUGAAGCCUUUGGUCCUGCCUAAGAUCCCUCGCCUGGAGGAAGCCCUUGCCAAGAUGGCUGCUCUACAACAACAUGAAACCCAAGAGGGGCCGCCGCUCCUUACGAAGAAGGGUGCUGACGAUGAGGCUGGUGAUGAUGAGGAGGAGGAGGAAGCGCCGGUGACGGUGAAGCCAGCGUUCGGUGAAGUGAUUGAGGCCCCUCCAGUGUUCUUUAAGAAGGCUGCCUCUGUCGGUGCUAAGGCGGCCAAAGGUGGUGGAUCGGCAGGAGGUGGGAUCACAGGAUGGCGACGACAAGGGAUGACGUACAUGAAGGGGAGCGGCAGUGAGAUUCUCCUCUACGACGAAAGACCGCCUCCACGACGACGGCGAGGACGAGCGGUUGUCAAAGAGGUUGAGGGUAUCUUGAGGUCCACCAAGGAAGAUACGAGCCAGGUCGGUCUUGACGAUACCAGCGUUGGAGAGUCUAAGGACGGACUACAAACAUCCAGGAGCUUGGCGAAUGUCGACCUCUACGACAAGCUGAAGGUAGCCUGGCACGGGAAGCUCAUCAGGUUUGAGUUCCAGACCUGGAUGAAGAUGAAACUUGGUAGAAAUGCCUUUCGAAGGAGAACAGGAAGGGAAGGUGUUUGGACUCGGCUGCGUCAUAAUAAGAAAGUUUACUCUUUCCCGAUCACAGAUUUUUUGUCGCUUUUCCCGAGAACAUUUGUGUUCUUCUGGCCGCCCUCCCAGAAGGCCCUUGCUGCAUUCGAGGAUCCCUUCGUUAAGCCCAAGUUCGGCAAUGCUUUCCGUGGUGUAUCCCCCGUGAGCAGCAUGUCCUCCUCCCCCUUCGGCUCCUCACCGUCCCCCCUAGAUGGUGAAGUUGAAGUUAUGUCUAAUCUUGCCACUUACCUGGCGACCUAUCGUAGUUGA